AUCACUGCGUGUCACGUGUAUUUUGGUUAAUUAUACAAAUAAUAGAGGAAAAUGGGAAAAGCGAAGAAACUAAAAGUUUCGAAAGGUGGGACGAAACAAUCAAAAGUGGCUUUGUUAGAUCAAAUAGAAGAAGAAAAAGUAGUGAAAUUGAAAAAUAGAAACAAGACCAGAAUUCGCAACGAUGGAGACGAGGAGUUUGUGGAUUCUUCUCUUUCAAAGAAGAUUUUGUCGCAAGCUAGACAACAGCAAAUUGAAAUCGAGGAAGAAAUUGGAAUGGUACAGUCAUCGGGAGUUACAAAAAGUCCAGUGGUGAAGCUUUCCACUGAAUUUAGCGAUACAGAGGAACAUUCGAGCGAAGAUGAAUACGAUGGUUCGCAUUAUUAUGAGAAUAUCGAAAUAAACGAGGAGGAUGAGCGAGCUAUAGAAAUGUUUAUGUCUAAGAAUGCUACGCCUACGAAAACGUUAGCUGACAUAAUACUAGAAAAGUUGACGGAAAAGAAAACAGAAAUUGAAACUCAAUUCUCGGAUGUAGGUUCUAUUCAAAUGCAAGAAUUGGAUCCGAGGGUUAAAGCAAUGUACCAGGGCGUUGGAAAUGUUUUAACAAAGUAUCGCAGCGGAAAAUUACCGAAAGCGUUUAAAAUCGUUCCUACUUUAAGAAAUUGGGAACAAAUAUUAUACAUUACAGAUCCACCAAAAUGGUCGGCUGCAGCGAUGUAUCAAGCUACUCGAAUAUUUGCUUCUAAUCUUAAAGAGAAAAUGGCGCAAAGAUUUUAUAACUUAGUACUGUUGCCCCGUAUCAGAGACGACUUGGUAGAAUAUAAAAGACUCAACUUUCAUUUGUAUCAAGCGUUACGAAAAGCAUUAUAUAAGCCUGCUGGUUUUAUGAAAGGAUUCUUACUUCCUUUAUUAGAAUCUGGAACUUGUACGUUAAGAGAAGCCGUUAUCAUCGGAUCUGUGAUCGCUAAGAAUUCAAUACCAAUUUUACAUUCGUCUGCAACGAUAUUGAAAAUCGCAGAAAUGGAUUACACCGGUGCAAAUAGUAUUUUCCUUAGGAUAUUUUUAGAUAAAAAAUAUGCACUUCCGUACAGGGUCGUAGAUGGCGUUGUAUUUCAUUUUCUUAGGUUUGAAAGUGAUCACAGAGAAUUACCAGUUUUAUGGCACCAGGCAUUAUUGACUUUUGCACAACGUUACAAAAGCGAUAUUAGUUCUGAACAGAAGGAGGCUUUAUUAGGAUUAUUAAAGAAGAAAUUUCAUCAUUCGAUUACACCUGAAAUACGAAGAGAAUUGCAACAUGCAAAAUGCAGAGAUCUAGAAAUCACGGAACCUAAACCAGAACCAAUGAUAUGUUGAAGGUUCAAGUUCUUUCACCUUAUAAAAAUUGUAAAUUAUAUUUCUUUAGGAACAAAGAAUUCCUUAAUCUCUUACGAACCAAAUUGAACCUCGAAUACUUUACAUCGCAUUGGUAUAAAAAAUAUAUACAAAAAAUGGUUGUACUGUUAAAUUUAUUUUAAAAAUCGCAAUAUAGAAGUAUUCAAU